AUGUUCGAUGAAGUACCGGUUGGACCGCGAAUAGGAUCUGGUGCCGAUAAUUUUUUUCAGUCUGAUAGUGACUUGGCAACUCAAGCACGUCGAGCUGAGAAAAGAGAAAAUAAAGCUGGUGAUCCAAUUGAAUGUACUUCUAAAGUCUUAUGCUUACUUUUACCCGAAAAAACAGAAUCUGAAUAUGCAUAUAUUGGAGAAUCGGGGUUUGUCGCGAAAAAGAUAAACUUGUCGACUGGAAAGACUUCAAAAAUUUUUAAAGGACAUACUGGACCAGUCACUUGCAUUGGCUUAUGGUAUAAAGAUGGAGAAGAGUAUCUUAUAACUGGAUCUUGGGAUAAAACUAUCGUCAAAUGGGAUACAAAGACUAAAGAGUCCAUUCAUACUUUCACUGCACAUACUGAUUUUGUGAAAUCAUUAGCCAUCUCUCAUUCUUCUUCGAUCCUUUGUUCAGGAUCUUCAGACAGAUAUAUUAGUUCGUGGAAUCUUGUAACUGGUGAAAAAUUACAAGUGUUUAAAGGACAUUCUCGUGGUAUUGAAGACCUUGCCUUCGAUGAAACCGAAACAUUUUUGUUUUCUGCAUCAUCGGAUCGGCAUAUUAGAAAAUGGAAUGCAAGUACAGGAGAAUGUUUACAAGUAUUUGAAGGACACUUGACGAGUGUUUACUCAUUGAAAAUCUUUGAUGACGAAAUGUGGACGGCGUCUGCUGAUAAAACUGUGAAAAGAUGGGACUUGGAAAAUGGUAAACCAGAUACGACCUUUACACAUCCAGAUGUUGUAAAAUGUCUCGUGGUGGCUGGGCCAUAUUUGAUCACCGGAUCACGUGAUGAGAUGAUUAGAAUUUUUGAGAUUGGGAGUGGGAAAAUGAUCAAUGAGUUCGAAGGUCAUUUUGAUGAAGUGUCUUGUAUGGCCGUUAGAGGAACUACAUUAUAUACAGGUUCUUUGGAUUGUACUCUAAGAAAAUGGUCUAUAGCGGCAAAAGAUUUGAAAAAAUCCGUUGAUAAAACUGAAGCUAAAAAAUCUGUUCCAUCUAAAAAAGAAACCAUAUCUUCAAAGUUAACCGAAGAAGAGGAACGUAUAUUAGCUGAAUUAAUGGCAAGCGAUGAGGACUGA